AUGAAUUUCUUGUUCAAGCAUAAGCCACGGACACCUACGGACAUUGCCAGGAUCCUCAAAGAGCUAUGUGUACGGCUCGGUGCCAGUGAAUCGCCGGACCGGACGUGGACCUUGGUCGAACCUGCCCUGAGCAUGGACCAGAAGCGCAAGAUUCUUGAUGAAUUCUGGUCCGCACUUCAGCAAGCGAAGAUUGUAUUGUAUGGGGAAGAAGAUCAUGAUCCCGUUCCAGAGCAUGUUGCCCAAUUCGCUCAAGAAGUAUACCAGCUGCAGCUCAUGAUGUGCCUCCUUGUUGUGCUGCCACGUCUUGAGUUUGAGACACGCAAAGACAUUGUCCAGGUGUUCAUUGCGCUGCUGCAGCGAACGAUCGGCGCUCGGCGGCCGACGGUAGAAUAUAUCCGCUCGAAUCCUAUCAUUGUGCAUAUGGCUUUCCAUGGCUAUGACUCGCAGGAUGUUGCAUUGAAUACUGGUAUGAUCCUGCAUGAAAUGGUACAACAUGAGACGCUAGCCAAAAUUCUUCUGUAUUCAGACGACCUCUCUCUCUUUCCUAUUUACAUCGAAACGACGCCUUUCAGUGUCUCCUGUGAUGCGUUUAAAAACCUCCGUGAUGCACUGAUUUUGCAUCGGACUAUGGCCGCUGAGUUUCUUCAGCACAAUUAUGACCGCUUCUUCACGAUGUACACGCAACUUCUCCGCUCGGAGAAUUACGUGACACGACGACAAUCUCUGAAGCUUCUCAGCGACAUCUUAGUCGACCGUGUGCAUUAUGCGACGAUGAUUCGAUAUGUCUCCGACGAAGAGAAUCUCAAGAGUACGAUGAAUGCCCUGCGUGAUCGCAGCAAAAAUAUCCAGCUGGAAGCGUUCCAUGUUUUCAAGGUUUUUGUGGCCAAUCCGAAAAAGACACCCGCCGUCGAAGCGAUUCUACGGCGAAAUCGUGAUCGGCUUUUGAGUUUCCUUCAAGGCUUUCUCCAGGAUCGCACAGACGAGUCGUUCAUCGACGAACUCCCUGGCUAA